GUCCUAUGACCCAAAAAAGUAAAAGAUAAAAAAGCAAACUGCCCACUUGAAAACCAUUUAUAAGAAGUGUAACCACCUCAUAAAACAUAUUCUUUCUUUAUGUGACAACAUUUUGUCCCAAAUUAGACAAAAAACUUAAUCUAUAUGGAAGAUCAGUGCAGUCCUCUUAGCUGGGCUUACUACUAUCAAGAAGAUGGGAUUGAGGACUUAAAGCAUUCUCUCUUGUACUCAACUUUGGAGCUACAGACAGCUAUCCUCUCUGCAAAUGAAGAACUUUCAAGAAAAGAUGAUGAAAUUCUCCACCUCAAAAAUCUCUUAUCGAAGAUUAUAAGAGAAAGGGACGAAUUCGAAGCAAAAUGCCAAACACUCGUGUUGGAAAAUCAGCUUAUUUUCCAACAAGUAGAAAUGCAAAAAAAGUCCCCAAAACAGAACAUAGAAUCUGCACCUUCAAGUGGUAUUAACAGCAAUGAAGAUGAGAACAACAUAGGGCGUCCCUCUUCAGAUUGUGAUGAAAACAACUUUGCACCAUCACCAUUGCCUGAAACAUUUUCCGACGUCCUAUCGCCGGAGAAAAUUAUGCCGAAGAAGUCAUUACCAGAAAAAGGAAAGUUCUUGCAAGCAGUAAUGGAAGCUGGACCCCUUCUUCACACUCUUCUCCUGGCUGGACCCCUACCCCAAUGGCAGCACCCACCCCCCCAACUAAACUCUAUUGACAUUCCACCAGUCACCAUUUCUUCUCCAGGAAAUAGUACUGGAUUAUUCAGUAACAAGAGGGCUCUGAUGAAUAGGGAAAUAGGACAAGAUUUUUCACCCAAGUUUCAAAAAGUUGUUCACCAAAAUCAUCAUUGACCAAACAUAAUUAUUUAGCAAGCAUAAUCCAUCCUUUUCAUGCUGUUAAGCAUGAAAGUGAUGGCCAUUAUGUUACUAGUUAAAGUUUGUACAUUAAUGGCUUGUCUUAGAACCUAAGGAACUUAAACUAAUCUUAGAUGAGAGAGUGAGUAUCUAGAGGGCUCAAUAAAGCCCUUUCAGCUUUUGGUUUGAA